AUGACUCUGGAAGAAAAGCAGCAGCGGCAGAUGCACUCGUUCCUGCGCAACUUCCUUGCUGCAGGAGAGAGCGGCCGCUUCCAGCAGGUGAUCGACCUCCAUCAGCAUGGAAUCGACACGGGCAUCACCGUCACGGACGCGACGCUGCAGGAAGUUGUGCUCACAGUGCCGAAUCUGCGCGGGUUGAAUCUCUCUGGGUGCUCACAUAUCACGGACGCGGGGCUGUGGGCUGUGGCGAGACACUGCCAAGCACAGCUGGAUACGAUCUACCUGGCCCAGUGUGAGAAGGUGACUGAGCUUGGCCUUCGUCUUCUCGCGCACAAUUGCAGGUUAGUGCUGGUGGACCUCAGCGAUUGUCCACAGCUCAACGACGCAGCUCUGCAGACGCUGGCAGCUGGGUGCUGGAUGAUUGAGACUUUCAUCAUGAAGCGGUGCAGAGGCGUCUCCGAUGCUGGCAUCGUCAAAAUCGCACAGUGCUGCAAGGACCUACGCCACCUCGACGUUUCCGAAUGCUCUCGACUGGGAGAGUACGGAGACAAAGCUCUGCUUGAGAUCGGCAAGUGCUGCCCGAAGCUGCGUGUGCUAGACUUAUUCGGUUGCCAGCACGUGCACGACCCGGGGAUUCGCGCCAUCGCUAAAGGCUGCCCUCUGCUGACGACGCUGAAGCUGACUGGAUGUCGAGAUGUCAGCAGCAUUGCUAUCCGAGCGCUGGCCCAACAGUGUACUCAGCUCGAGGUUUUGUCACUUUCUGGAUGCAUCAAGACGACGAACAGUGACCUUCAGCUACUUGCUACCAACUGCCCGCAGCUCACGUGGCUCGACAUCAGUGGUAGCCCCAACAUUGAUGCACGCGGCGUGCGUGCACUAGCUCAGAACUGCACGUCGUUGACGUAUCUGAGUCUGGCUGGGUGCCAACACGUUGGGGACGCUGCCUUAAGCGAACUUACCAGUGCCGGAGCGGGAGGACUCACCAAGUCAUUAGGGGAACUGUCGCUCGCAGACUGCCCUCGUGUCACGGAGAGUGGAGUCGACGCGCUAACCACUGUUUGUACCAACCUUAUCACGCUCAACCUCACGAAUUGCAAGCAGAUUGGUCGGAGGUUCCUCCAGAAGCUCAUUACCAAGCUUGAGUUCGUGCAGUGGGCCACGAGUUUCUUCGGCUACGAACCACUGCCGAACGCCGCCGAGCUGUGCCGUCAGCGCGACCUCCGCCUGCUGCAACUGGGAAGUGCGAUCAAAAUUCAGUCGGCGAUGCGCGGGUGUCUGGCUCGAGGAGGGCUCUGGCAAGCCAAGCUCAAGUUCGUGGAGCGGAGAAUUCUACCUAAAAUCCAAGCGCGUGUGCGCGGAUUCCUGGUCCGGAAGCGUCUUGCAGCAGAGAGGAGAUACAAACUAGAAGACCACGCUGCGUGGUUGAUCGGCCGAGCAUAUCGAGACCUGCAGCUCCGACGGAUGCUGGCUCGCGCAAAGCGAAUACGACAAAUCAAGGAGCACGAGGACGAAGCAGUGCUCAUUUUCCAGAAGAUAUUCCGUGGCUACCGAGACCGCAAACUUGUAGCGAAGAUGCGGUACGACAUUUACUGCGAGCAGCAGUUCCAAGCUCGCGUUUUGGCCAUGCAGAACUUGGCGGCGACGAAACUGCAGCGUGCGUACCGAGGCCACCGAGGACGGUCUGACGCCGCCAUGCUGCGCUCCAUCAAGGAAGCAAAGCGUCUCCAGCACGAGAAAGAGGUUCGCUCUGCGGCAUUCUUGCAGCGCGUGUAUCGGGGCCACAAGGGGCGCAGACUUCGAGCUCAACGCCUUGCAGAGCUGCUUCACCAGCAACAAUGCCACCAAGGUGCCAUCAAGAUGCAAAAGGUGUUCCGUGGCCACCGCGCGCGACGGUAUGCAGUGAUUCUGCGCGCUGAGGCAAACGAGCUGCGUAUUCUCAACGCCGCUUUAACCAUUCAAAGGUACUGGCGAGGCAUUCGCGACAAGCACUUGGCUGCCGUGCUCAUUGGGCUCAUCAAGCUUCGAGCUAGAGAGAACGAGGCCGCGCAUUCAAUCCAAGCUGCUUAUCGAAUGCACGCCUCUCGAGGAUUCAUGAAGGCGAUGAGGCUAGCUAUGGCCGCGCAAAUGAGAAGGAUAAAGGCUGCAACAGACAUCCAACGGAUGAUACGAGGACACCGUGGGCGAGCAGAUGCGGAACUGCGGAGAGAGCUGCAGCGAUUCCGCCACCAAGCCAAACCACUAUUCGCAAAGGAAGCGCGGCUGCAAGCGCUAGUGGAUGACUUGAACGAGAAAGUGGAGCAGCUUCAACGCAAAAUCGCAGCCGACGAGGAAGAAGAGCGCGCGCUUACACUGGAGCUCCAGAAAACGCUGCAGAUUAAGACCAAGUACCACGACUCGAGUCGUAUUACCGGGACCCCGCAGCGCUACCUGACACAGUAUCUCCAAGUGCAGCUUGCUGAUCAACUACGAGCUAAGCGCACCGAGAUCGCGCUUGAUGGACGGGCGUUUGAAACUCUGACGACAAACCUGAACGAUGCCCAGAAGCAGUUGAGAGGAGUCAGGCGAGAGCUGGAGCCGCUAACCGAGGGCGUCAUCAAGAAAACACGCGAAAACCGCGUCAAGAGGCUACAGGAUAAGGUUCGCCACGAGCGCCGCGCCGCGGUCAUGAUCCAAAAGAUGUUCCGCGGCUUUCGCGUGAGAUCCGCGGUUCGAGAGGGAGGCAAUUGCUGGAUUCAAAUGGCUUCACCCGACAACGGCCGGCCAUACUACUACAAUGCGCUGACAGGGGCCACGCGAUGGCAUCGACCACUAGCGAUGGACAUCUUCAGUGACCAUUUUGCGGAGCCGAUGCAGGAGCCCGCUUCGCUGUCGCCACGCACUGUGCAUGCAUCACUUGGGGACACGACCAUGAAUUCGCGCCGCUCUGCUCGCAGUAUUGGAACUUCUCGCUCUCUCCAUUGGCAGUACCGAUACGGCUACGAGUAUGAUGCGAAUGGCAAGCUUGUGACGAGUUCCAGGUCGCACCCCCGGCCAAUCUGGACGGAGCAUACCGAUCCGGACAACGGCUUGACCUACUACUACAACGCGCUCACGAAUGAGUACCGAUGGGAGAAACCCGAAGACUUCGACAUCAACUACGAGGCGUUCGCUAGUGGACGAAGCGCGAGCAGCUCUGCUCGUAAGUGGUUCGACAUGGCCCAUCAGAAGGCAAAUGGAGACGGCAGCAACUCGCUCACGACCCGAUCGUCCAAGUCGCGCGCUCUGGGUAAGAAGUGGGUCGAGCUGGUGGACCCAGAGACGCAGAACACGUACUACUACAACGAAGUCACGGGCGAAUCGAGGUGGUCGCUCUCGCCGCGCAGUGCUCGCGACACUUCCGACACCGAAGACCAGAUCUCGUUGGCGCUCUUCGCGCAGGUGAAGCAGCUCCGUGAAUCCCCCGUGCCGUAUUCAUCACGAGAGCAGCACAUGAGUUGGCUAGAGGCCGCCCUUGCUGAGAAGGACUGGAAAAAGGCUGACGCGAUCGUCCAGCAUAUCUUCAUUCGCGAGCAGAGCCAAGCUGUGACCGAGCGUAAAGCUCGAGAAGAAGCGGCCAUGAAUAACACGUCCACAUGGGAAGCGAUGCUGGGUAACGACGGGAAAACUUACUACUACAACUCAAUGACAGGCGAUACGGCGUGGGAGCAACCGACAUGA